CUUUCCCUAUCUACGUCUAUGAUGAGGAUCUUGAGUUCCCACUCAUCCUGCCAUUUUCACUUGUAGUUUCUUCACUUAUCGGUCAGUGAACUUCCUUCAAUAUACACACUGUAUCCUGGCUAGUUAGCUCUGAUUCUUUCAAUUUACUUCACUGUGAGCUCUGAAAUUCAGGCCCGAAAGGCGGUCCUGGGGGUGUCAGACAGUUUACUUUUGGCUUUAAAUAUCUAUCUCGUUCCGUUGACCAGCAUCUCUGAUCUUCAUCUCCUCGUUCGGUUUUCUGAUCUAUUCAAUCUGCUCUAAAAUGGACCCGCCAAGGUCUCCGAUAGAGGUGAUCCUAAUCUCUCCUCGGCGGAGAUCUCCAGAGGGCCCCUCCCGGCACCAGAAGCGGGAAGCCACUUCAUCUGUUGAAUCCUCACUUUCCAAGAACUUGCUUGUUGUCUCUCCGACCUCUGCUCAACCUCAGCCCCUUCUGAUCCCUCCGUGCAUCUUUCCCAGCAAUGUGACUGAUCUUUUCACAGGAGACAAAGCGACCAUAGACAGCCUAGAGCAACGACGUCCUCUUCAAGGUCCGGAGCACGGCCACCCCGGUGCUGGCCUUCAACUUCCAUUGACAUAUCAGGUUACUCUACUAUUUCCUUAAAAGGUCAUGUUACCAUUUGAUUUACGCCGAACUCCCUCGAAGUUCCUCAAGACUGAAAAUUUCAAGCUCCUCCUCAAAGUUUUUCCGGGAACUCAGAGAGUCGACUUCGAUGACCGAGUCCUAGUAUUCCAUUUAGAUCAACUACCGGCAAAGCCAUGGCCGAAAAAAAUUGCUGGUGUGCCGUGCUAUCUCACAGAAGACCUAAAUGAUCAGGGGCCAAUCAUCCCUAUCCGCCAUCGAAGUCGCUCGAGAAUUAAAGUCUCUGAAAACCUGGAUCUUAGGGACAAUGAGGCAGCCGUCAGCCUGGUUUUUGACUUGGUCCGUGAUUUCUUCGCAAGAACUGAUAUCUCCAUCACCGAAAUACAGUUUUGGGGUCAUAUUAUUAUCAUCAUCCUAGAAAGCAAAGCCGAUAAGGACGAAAUCCUGAGGGCAGUUCCCCGGUCCGUUGCCCAGUGUAACUGUUUCUAUCUUUUCGAGUCGGAGAUGGCUAGGCCCCGCAAGCUGUCCGCGCUACGGCUUAAGCAACCUUCCCCCCCGGAAGCUGAUGAUUCCAGCUACGAUAUCAUUAGGCCAGGGGUAAUGCUCAGCUCGGGUAAGCAUCCGGAAGAGGGAUGGGAGAUUCUCACUUCCUCUGGUGUCCUCGUGAGAGACCAUCGUGGCUUUGAGUACAUGACAGUCGCGGCUCAUGGAUUUCCGGGACCUCCAUUUGAUGGAAAAGUCCAUCAUCCUCAUUCCUUUAACAAAACACUUAGCGAAACAAUUAUUGAACUCUCCCACACAGACAUCGCGUUGGUCCAACUAGUUAAAGGUGUGGAGUUUGUUAAUGAGCUAUUCAAAAACAGCCUUAUGCCAGUACCACCUUUCAAGCUGACAGGCUUUGUUCGAGCAGCCGAAACAAGAAUUGGUGACAAUAUCUUCAUUGACAGUCCAUUCUCAGGCUUUGUCGAAGGGACCCGCGGGUCCCACUCCCUACUACGAGUACCAAGUGAUGAUCCUCUUGAGCCGGAGCAGAUAUGGAUCAGAUGCCAAUGGGAUUAUAUGGGUCAAAACUCAAACCAGGUCAUAGGCGAUGGUGUCUGUGGCUCUGUAAUUUGGAAUGAAAAUCACAAAGCUCUCGGAUUUUUCCGAUACGCUCCCACAUCAGGGGUAUUUCUUGAUUGGUGCUUGAGUAUUGCUGCUGAUCAUCUUAUUGACAAGAGUUACACUAUAGUCUAACCUUUUCCUUUGCGUUAUUCCCAGAUGCGCGAGACACCUCAGCAUUUUCCCCAAUUUGUCCCGUAUUGUUCUCAGCUAACUUGCUACGCGUAACUAUGUACUGACCUAAAGCAAGGUGGUGGCUGGAAGUGGUUCUCUUGUUGCUUCUGAGCUGUUUCACUCAUUUCUAUUCAUUUCCCCUACUAUUCUAACUUCUACCAGCUACUUGGAGCGGUGAUGUAUCUGUCUUCAUAGCGCACGCACAGCGAUACCAA